AUGGGGCCUGUGACAGCCAGCCAGUUUCCAGCAUACGACAUGAGCCGUCUGUCCCUGGUCUCCAAGCCGCCCUGCUACCUGCUUCAAAGCUGGCUUCAGCCCCUGCAGAGACUUCCCCCAGAGGAGCCCUCGUCCCUGGACGGCCAGGGGCCCCUUCCCUGCUCCUAUCCCGCCAAGGUGACUGAUGUCCAAUCCCGCUUCCACCGUGGCACCUGCAUUCUCCUCCACUGCGCUAGUGGAACAGCCGACUUCAGUCUUCCUCUCUUGGCUGUGGCCCCAAGGGCAGAGGCCACUCCACCUGGUCCCCAGUGUGAGCAGAGGAAGGAGCUUGCCCCCCAAGCCCCACCUGCCUACAGCUUCCAGAUGAAAGGGCUCACCCUGGAGGAGGAAUGGGGCGAGCUGCAGGCCGGCUCAGAGUGGUCUGGGGACAGGGUCCCAGCAGCCUCGGGGUGCACUGCCUCUCCGGACAAGCCCCUUCAGCUCUCUGGGCCCCCUCCCAAGGCCUAUGAAGUGAGCAUCACAGAGCUGGGAUGUGGAGAAGGGUUUUGUCCUAGCCCGGGGCGCGGUAGCGCCGCCAAGCGGAAGAAGAAGCAGCGGCGGAACCGUACCACGUUCAACAGCAGCCAACUACAGGCCCUGGAGCGCGUGUUCGAGCGCACGCACUACCCCGACGCCUUUGUGCGCGAGGAGCUUGCCCGGCGCGUCAACCUCAGCGAGGCGCGCGUCCAGGUCUGGUUUCAGAACCGCCGCGCCAAGUUCCGCAGGAACGAAAGGGCCAUGCUGGCCAGCCGAUCCGCCUCGCUGCUCAAGUCCUACAGCCAGGAGGCCGCCAUCGAGCAGCCCGUGGCUCCCCGGCCCACCGCCCUGAGUCCGGAUUAUCUCUCCUGGACAGCCUCGUCCCCCUACAGCACAGUGCCACCCUACAGCCCUGGGAGCUCAGGCCCCGCAACCCCGGGGGUCAACAUGGCCAACAGCAUCGCCAGCCUCCGUCUCAAGGCCAAGGAGUUCAGCCUGCACCACAGCCAGGUGCCUACGGUGAACUGACGUCCAGUCCCACCAGCACCCAGCCACCUCCCUGGGUGGACAGCAACAGAAAAGGGGGCAGAUGCCCAGGAAGUGACCUUCUCCUGGAUGGGCUCUCCUGGCCCGUCUCUCCAGCCUGGACUCCCGAGCCCGCAAGGCUGUUGAGGCCCCCGCAGCCGGGCCCAGCUCUUCUGUCCUCGGCCGCCAGAGACUGCAGCCCACAACCCUUGGAGGGGUUGGGCCGGAAGGUGGAAGAGCCUGCCAAGGACCUCAUUUAGUUUGUGUAUUAAAACCAAAAAGCUUUUGUCUUUAAGAAAUAAAACCAUUUUUUAAGCCCCAAAA